AUGUUGUGGACUGGUCUCAUCUGUCUUUUUGCCUUGUGCCAGGCACAGGAGAUCAAGCAGUUGCCUGGGGUCAACUUCGAGCUCACCUUCAAGCACUACUCCGGCUUUUUCCAAGUCUCCGAUACUCACCUUCUCCAUUAUUGGUUUGUUGAGUCUCAGAAUGAUCCUACAAGCGAUCCGCUAAUCUUCUGGUUCAAUGGCGGUCCAGGAUGCUCAUCACUGGACGGCCUUCUCAAUGAAAUGGGACCGUAUGUGGCAAAUGCUGACGGAAAGAGUCUUCGGGAAAAUCCUUAUUCUUGGAAUAAGAUGGCCUCAGUUGUAUAUAUUGAAUCUCCUGCCGGCGUAGGAUAUUCCUACGCGACCGAUGGGAAUAUCACCACCAACGAUGACCAAACGUCACUUGAGAACUACGAGGCUGUCAAGCAAUUCUUCACG